AUGUCUAUCACUGUAACCACCGUUGUUACAAAUUCAAAUAACAUUACAUCUUAUACAAUAAAAUCAAAUACUAAUGAUGCCGAUAAUACGGUAGGAAAUGAAACAAACAAUGGAAUGAUUCUAUCGCAACAAUAUGAUACUAGUAAUAAUCUCAGUACUGAUGAAUAUGUUUAUGAGAUAGUAUACUUAGACAAUUGUCAAUUCAUCUCUGAAGAUAUGACAAUCAUUCACAUUUGUACUUGUGGAGAUCUUUUUGUGUUUAAGCUUGAAGAUCUACGUAAAGGCAACAAUAAGACCGAAUGUGCCAGUUGUUCAUUAAAGGCUAUGUUACAAUUUAAUUCUCAGCAGUUGGAUGAAUUCAUAAACAAGCACAACGCUAUUUCUUGA